UACUAUUAUUCACUUAUUAUUAGUACAACAAUAUUGCCAUAUAGAAGAGUUUGGUAUUUAUUUUAUUUGUCUUUGUUACAAAGUCGUGUAAGUAUCAUGUAACAUUUCACUUCAAAGUUUAAUCGUGAAACACUUGUACUCGAUAAAUUACAUUGUACAAGGUAUACUAAAUGAAUGCAAUAAUAACAUUAGUUAUGAGAUCUUCUAACCAAGAUGUCAUCAAUAGAUCAAAAUGGUUCAGCCAUUUAUGUCUUCAACAUUUUUCAACAAUACCCAAUUGUAAAAUCAUUGAUUGCUAGUUCAACUUCCGGAUUAUUCUCAACUAUUAUGUUUCAGCCACUUGAUGUCGUUAAAACUGUGUUACAAAACCCUAAAAAUAACAACAAGCUAAGAAUAAAUGAUGCAACCAAAUUAAUCUGGCAACAAGAUUCUCUUUAUGGUUUCUGGAGAGGACUAACUGCAUCUCUAGCACGUAAUAUUCCAGGAGUUGGCAUUCACAUUACUCUUACUCAACUGCUACAUUCACAAUUAGUCAAUAACUAUCAACCUUCUAUGAUCAACUCUGGGAUAGCUGGUUUUAGUUCAAGAUGUAUUGUUGCUUCUAUACUAAUGCCUUUUACAGUUUUAAAAACUCGAUUAGAAAGUGGUCAAUACCGUUAUAAUAGUUUGGCUGAUGGGCUAUUGAAUAUUUAUAAAUUAGAAGGAUGGAAAGUACUGUGUCGUGGAUGGACUGCCACAGUGUUACGUGAUGCUCCUUUUUCUGCUUUAUAUUUUAUGUCUUAUGUAAAACUAAAAGACAUAGCAAAGGUUGAAGAAUCUGUCCAUAGUCAUUCAUUUUAUAUUUUUGGUUGUGGAUUGUUAUCUGGAUUAUUUGCUUCGUUGAUAACUCAUCCUUUUGAUGUAAUUAAAACAAGUCAGCAAUUAUCGAAAGACAAAUUAUUAUUUUUUGAUACAAUAAUACUAAUAAAUCAAAAAUAUGGAGCAAUUGGUUAUUUUAAAGGGCUAUCUCUGCGAUUGACCAGACGAACAUUAAUGACAGCAUUGUCCUGGACAGUAUAUGAAACACUAUUAAUACAAUUAAAACAUAUGUGAUUUAAUAUCUAAAUUAUAAUAUUGUUAGAAUGUGUUCAAAUAAAUUAAAUUUUAA